AUGGAAACACAUAAAUUGGAAGAAAAUAAAAGCGAGAAUAAGUACUUGGUGUCAAGACCUAUUUAUUCAGAGGAUUCCUUCAAUGCUCAUCAUGAAAUGGUAGAAAGAGAUCACACCACAAUAGUGGAUCACCUGAAGCGGUCAUGUGGAUGUUCCACACAGAAAGCUAAGAGGAUUGCCUUAUCUUACUUCCCUAUUUUUUCUUGGCUUCCUGCUUAUCGAUUCAAGGAGUGGAUUCUCAGUGACAUCAUAUCAGGAGUUACAACAGGGCUUGUAGCUGUAUUGCAAGGUUUGGCAUAUGCGCUCCUUGCAAAUGUCUCCCCUGGCUAUGGAUUGUAUACUUCAUUUUUCCCAGUUGUAGUCUACUUUUUCUUGGGAACUUCCAGACAUAUAUCAGCAGGCCCUUUCCCUGUUGUGAGCUUGAUGGUUGGCUCAGUUGUAGCUACACUUGUACCUGAAGAUAAAUUUGAAAGUGCAAACAACAAUAUUACUAACUCUACUGCUGAGGAUUUACUGAAUGAAGAGCGUAUUAUUGUAGCAGCAUCUCUAACUUUCCUUGUUGGAAUUAUUCAGUUGGCUUUAGGACUUCUGCAAGUUGGCUUCAUAGUCAUAUAUUUGUCGGAGCCCUUAAUUAAUGGUUUCACAACUGCCGCAGCAGUUGAAGUGGUGGUGUCACAAUUAAAAUAUGUAUUUGGAGUUAAAAUUCCUUCAUUUAGUGGGCCGCUGUCCAAUUUUUAUGCAUUGAAGAGUAUCUUUUCCCAAAUCACAAAAACCAAUAUCGCUGAUCUUGUCAUAGCAAUAAUAAUAAUGAUUUGUGUUUACAUUGUGAAAGAACUUAAUGCCCGCUACAAGUCGAAAUUACGUGUGCCAAUCCCUAUAGAGAUCAUUAUGACAAUUAUUGCUGCUGGUGUGUCCUAUGCAUUUAAUUUUAAAGUCAAAUACAAUGUUACUAUUGUAGGAACAAUACAAAAAGGCUUUCAGCCACCUACAGCACCAAGUAUACCUGUUUUUCAAGCUUGCAUUGCUAAUUCUUUUUCUAUUGCUAUUGUUGGAUUUGCUGUGGCCUUUUCUGUUGCUAAGGUUUACUCAAUCAAGCAUAACUACAACAUUAAUGGAAACCAGGAAUUAAUUGCGUUUGGACUAAGUAAUAUUUUAUGUGGGUCAUUUAAAGGAUUUGCUGCAAGUACAUCUUUAUCAAGAUCAUCUGUACAAGAAAGCACUGGAGGCAAAACUCAGGUUGCUGGCAUCAUUUCUGGUAUACUUGUGUUAAUAGUAACACUGGCUGUCGGAUACCUCCUAGAACCUCUACCAAAGUCAGUUUUGGCAGGAAUUAUCCUGGUAAAUUUAAAAGGGAUGCUGAUGAAAUUCAAUGAACUUCCUGUGUUGUUUAAGAGAGACAAAUAUGACUGUCUUGUGUGGAUAUUAACAUUCCUAGCAUCUAUCAUUCUUGGUCUGGAUCUUGGGCUUGCUGUCGGUGUGGGAAUUGAACUUCUAACUGUGGUGUUCCGUGUGCAAUUCCCCAAGUUUACAGUAAUAGCCAAUAUUGAAAAAACUGACAUCUACAAAAAUAAGAAAGACUUUUAUGACAUUUGUGAGCCUAAAGGAGUUAAGAUUUUCAGAUGCCCAGCUCCUGUUUUCUUUGCCAAUAGUGAAUUCUUCAAAGAGAAACUCAUUGCCGCAGCUGGCUUUAAUCCACUGUGGGUACUUCGUAAGCGAAAUAAGGCACUGAGAAAAAUCAGGAAGCUGGUAAAGAAGGGAGAACUACAAGUCAACCCAAGAGGUGUGGUCUGCACAUCUUAUGAUUAUAAAGAGUCUGAUGAUGAAGAGGAAAUUGACAAUAACAGGAUUGAAGAGCUGGACAAACCAGCAAACACAGAUGAUCUGCCUAUUGUCAUCGACUGGAAUUCAGAUCUACCAAAUCACAUAAAGGUUCCCAGGAUUGAUGUACAUAGUUUGAUUCUUGAUUUUGGAGCAGUAUCAUUCAUUGAUAUGUCUGGAAUGAAAGCACUGAAAGGGAUUUUAAAUGAAUUUAUCAAGGUUGAAGUGGACAUGUACAUUGUUGCAGUGGAUGAUUCUGUAAUGGAGAAGUUAAAACGGAGCUCAUUUUUUGAUAAUGACAUUCAAACAUCAAUGUUUUUUCUCACUGUGCAUGAUGCCGUACUACAUGUUCUCGAAAAGAAAGGCCUUCAGCUCGCAUUAAAAAAUGGAACCAGCAAGGAAAACAAUAUUCCUACCUUUGCAAAUGGAGUUACAAAUGGAAACAUCUACAGUGAAGUCUUUGAUUCCAGGUUCAUGCUUCAGUAUGAUAGUACUGUCCCCAGAUGCCCCACAGGUAAAGUCAAGAGAACUGCAUUUAAAUUGAUACCAGUUGCUUCUUGGCUGCCCAUGUACAAUCUGAAGGAAUGGCUCCUUGGUGAUAUGAUCUCUGGCAUCAGCACAGGAAUGGUGUCUGUUUUGCAAGGCUUGGCAUUUGCUCUUCUGGUAAAUGUGUCUCCAGCUUAUGGACUCUAUUCCGCUUUUUAUCCCAUGAUAAUAUAUUUUUUUCUUGGAACAUCUAAACAUAUCUCCAUUGGUCCAUUCCCUGUUUUAAGCUUAAUGGUGGGGUCAGCUGUGAUGAGGUUAGUCCCAGACCCUGUCGAUGAGGAUGGAACAGUGAAUUAUAACAUAUUAAAUGGCACGGAUGAAUUAACAAUUGCUGAGCAAAGAGUUCUUGUUGCUGCAUCUGUUACAGUACUUGUUGGUAUAUUCCAGCUGGUGUUUGGAUUGUUACAAGCUGGGUUUAUAGUUAUCUACCUGUCAGAUCCUCUCAUAAGUGGCUUUACUAUUGCAGCUGCUAUACAUGUUCUGGUGUCUCAGCUUAAGUUUAUACUUGGAAUAAAGAUAUCAAACUUCAGCGGACCUUUAUCACUGUUCUUCACACUAGAGGACAUCUUUCAGAAGAUAAAUAGUACAAACAUGGUUGAUCUUGCUACAUCAAUUAUUAUUAUGGCAGUGGUCCUUAUUGUCAAAGAACUGAAUAAUCGAUAUCGGAUGAACAUACCCUUUCCCAUCCCUGUUGAGCUAAUAAUGACUGUUUUAGCAACUGGCAUAUCAUAUGCAUUUGACUUCAACAGGAAAUUUCAUGUGCAGAUAAUUGGAGCAUUAGAAAGUGGAUAUCAGCCUCCUAUAACACCAAGCAUAUCCAUUUUCCAAGAAUGUAUAGCUGAGGGUUUCACUAUUGCUAUUGUGGCCUUUGCUGUUGGAUUUUCAGUCGCCAGAGUCUAUUCCAUCAAACAUGAUUACCCCAUAAAUGGAAACCAGGAAUUAGUGGCAUUUGGAUUAGGGAACAUAUUUUGUGGCUGUUUUAAAGGUUUUGCAGUUAGCACAGCCCUGUCAAGGUCAGCUGUCCAGGAAAGCACUGGAGGGAAAUCCCAGAUUUCUGGUCUUAUCUCUGCUCUAAUUGUUAUGAUAGUGACUUUGGCUAUUGGCUUCCUUCUAGAAGCUUUACCUAAGUCUGUUCUUGGAGCCAUAUGUCUCAUUAAUUUAAAGGGAAUGCUGUUGCAGUUUAAAGAAGUGCCCAUACUUUGGAUGAAGGAUAAAUUUGAUUGUUUGGUCUGGGUGGUGACUUUCACAGCAGCGGUCAUUCUUGGCCUUGACCUUGGACUGGCAGCAGGAGUUGGAUUUGAGCUGCUGACUGUGGUUUUUAGAACACAGUUCCCAAAAUGCACACUCGUGGCAAGAGUUGGUAAAAGCAACAUUUAUAGGAACCGAAAGGACUACUUGGAUGUUGGCUUUAAUCCAGUGAGAGUUCUGCACAAACGGAAUAAGGCUUUGAGAAAAAUUAGAAAGUUACUUAAUAAAGGAAUCCUGCAGUUUUCACCAAAGGGUGUAUUAUGCACGUCUUAUCAGUACAUGGAUUCUUAUGAUGAUCUGGACAAUAUGAGGGUGGAGGAGCUGAACAAUCGCAUCAACACUGAUGACCUUCCGUAUACCAUAGAUUGGAACUGUGAGCUGCAACACAAUAUUGAAGUGCCCAAGCUCAAUCUCCACACAUUAAUUCUCGACUUUGGAGCAGUUUCGUUCAUAGAUGUGUCUGGGAUGAAAAGUCUGAAAACAAUUUUAAAGGACUAUUUGACAAUCGAAGUUGAUGUAUACAUUGCUAAUAUUGAUAGUACUGUGUUGGAUAAGCUAAAUCACUGUGGUUUCUUUGAUGACAGUAUCCAGACUGCUAUAUUGUUCCCCACAAUCCAUGAUGCUGUGCUGUAUGCACUAUCCAGAAGAAGCAUGCCUUAUUCCCAUAAUCGCCAAACUGUAAAGCCAGGAACAAUGAUAGAGCCCGUGGGUAACCAGUAUGUGGUGUCCAGAUCUGUAUAUUCAGAAAACAGUUUCCGCACUGAAAAUGAAAAAAUUCACAGAUAUCAUAAAACAUUCCUGGACCAUCUGUGUCUCUUUUUCGGUUGUUCUAAGGAGAAAGCCAAAAGAAUAGCUUACACCUUUUUUCCUAUCGCCUCAUGGCUCCCUAUGUACCGAAUAAGGGAAUGGAUCUUCGGUGAUAUUGUUUCUGGAAUCAGCACUGGCCUGGUGGCUGUCCUGCAAGGUCUGGCCUUUGCCCUUUUAGUAAAUGUGCCUCCUGGCUAUGGAUUGUAUGCAGCAUUUUUUCCUGUCAUUAUUUAUUUUUUCUUUGGUUCAUCGAAGCAUAUAUCAGUUGGUCCCUUUCCUGUUUUGAGUUUGAUGGUUGGAACAGCUGUACUCCGAUUAGUUCCUGAUGAUCAAACAGACCCAGAUAUCAAUGAAAAAAGAGUUGUUGUGGCAGCUUCUGUAACAGUGCUUGCAGGAAUCUUCCAGCUGGCUUUGGGACUGCUGCAAGUUGGAUUUAUUGUCAUCUAUUUGUCUGACUCCCUGAUAAGUGGCUUUACAACAGCUGCUGCCAUCCAUGUUUUAGUAUCACAGUUAAAGUUUGUGCUGGGGUUAAAAGUUGAUCCAUAUAGUGGACCUUUGUCCUUGUUUUAUACACUGAAAGAUAUCUUUACACAGAUUACCAAAACAAACAUUGCUGAUCUUGUUACAGCUAUGAUCAUCAUGGUUGUAGUGUUUGUAGUGAAAGAAAUUAAUGAUCGUUUUAAGUCAAAGAUUCCUGUACCUAUCCCAAUUGAGGUUAUAAUGACUGUCAUAGCAACGGGAGUUUCAUAUGCAUUUAAUUUCCAAUUAAAAUAUGGUGUAGACAUUGUUGGGAAACUAGAGAAAGGAUUCCAACCUCCAAUGGCUCCAAGCAUUUCAGUUUUUGAAUCCUGUAUAGGGGAUGGAUUUUCCAUUGCCAUUGUUGGCUUUGCUGUAGCCUUUUCUGUGGCCAAAGUCUAUUCAAUCAAGCAUGACUAUGUAAUCAAUGGUAAUCAGGAACUGGUGGCAUUUGGAUUAAGCAAUAUAUUUUGUGGCUGUUUCAAAGGAUUUGCUGCAAGCACCUCACUAUCACGAUCCGCUGUCCAGGAAAGCACAGGGGGUAAAACACAGGUGGCAGGACUUCUAUCAGCUAUAAUUGUUAUGAUUGUCACCUUGGCUAUCGGAUUCCUUCUGCAACCAUUACAAAAGUCUGUGCUUUCCGCAUUGGUCGUGAUUAACUUGAAGGGAAUGUUGAUGCAGUUUAAUGAAAUACCUAAUUUGUUUCGCAAGGACAAAUAUGAUUGUUUGGUGUGUUUGGUGACCUUUAUUUCUGCUGUUCUACUUGGGCUUGACUUUGGACUGGCAGCAGGAGUUGGAUUUGAGUUGCUAACUGUGGUAUUUCGUGCACAAUUUCCAAAAUGCUCACAGGUUGCAAACGUUAUUGGAACAGACAUUUACAGAAACAGAAAAGACUAUACAAAUAUAUAUGAACCUCAAGGAAUCAAGAUCUUCAGAUGUCCAUCACCAAUAUUUUUUGCCAAUAUUGACUUUUUUAAAGAUAAACUUGUUGCUGCUGCAGGGUUUAGCCCAUUGAGAGUGUUACGCAAGCGCAAUAAGGCUCUAAGAAAAAUAAUGAAGCUGAUGAGUAAAGGGGAACUUCAUUUUACACCAAAGGGUGUGAUAUGUACAUCAUAUGACCCCAAUGAGUCUGAUUAUGAAGAAAUAGACAAUAACAGCAUUGAAGAGUUGGACAAACCUAUUAACACUGCUGACCUGCCCAUUGUCAUCGACUGGAAUGCAGAUCUGCCAAAUAAUAUCAAGGUUCCCAGAAUUGAUCUUCAUAGUUUAAUCAUUGAUUUUGGAGCGGUGUCCUUCUUAGACAUGUCUGGAAUGAAAGGUCUAAAAGCGAUCAUGAAAGAGUUUAUCAAGGUUGACGUUGAUCUUUAUAUUGCUGGAAUAGACAGCAAUGUUUUAGAAAAACUAGAACGAUGUGGAUUUUUUGAUGAUGACAUCACUACCUCCAUGAUUUUCCUAACUGUCCAUGACGCUGUGUUACAUAUAUUGGUUAAGAAAAAUCUGUAUAGCAUAUCUAACUAUAAGGAGCCGAAGGAAGAGAUAAAGGAGACCAGAUUUGAUGCAAUGACAACUCCGAGUGAAAAUACCAAAAUAAAUGAAUAUUCUGACAAACAUUCACACAUAUUUGCAAGAAAGUAUGCGGUAUUUUUUCCUGAAAUAUAUGGAAACCUUAACUUGGCCAUACCCAGGAAAAACGAAUACGAUCCUUACAAGGGUGACAUUAUCCAUCCUUCUGGUGAUAUCCUGGGAAUGCUGAGUAUGCCAGAUCUUAUGAGAAGAUGCUACCGCACUCUGCUGGAGCAUCUGCUCUUGAAAUUUGGGUUCCUCAACUGUCCAAAGAUCUUAGCAGAAGGAUUGCGCAAUAACGCUCUGCAAUGCGGCAGCCAGAGGUAA